AUGCUUGUAAAGAACUCUAAAGAUAAUGAGAAAGCUAAAGAAAAAAGAAUAAAGAAAUUAUGUUUAUAUGGAAAUUUUAAAAAUUAUUAUUAUGAGAGAUAUAUAAAAAGAAAAAAACAGAAUGUGAUAUAUGUUAAGAAUAAUGAUGAGGAAGAUAUUGAAGAAAUAGUUUUAUAUGAUAAUAAUAUAGGAACAGAUAAGUACAAUAAUAUGAUUGAUAAUAAUAAAAGGUGUGAUAAUAAUUAUGAUAGUGAGAAUAUAUAUUAUAUAUAUGAUCACCGAUUAAAUCAUAUUAAUAAAUAUCAUAAGGAUAUUUUUAAAGAAAAAGUAAUUUUAGAUAUUGGAUGUAAUUGUGGAAUUGUUAGUUUUUUAUUAGGUUUGAAUUUUGAAUGUAGAGUAGUUAAUGCUAUAGAUAUAGAUAAUAAUAUAAUAACUAAAAAUAUAAAAUUAUUAAGAUUAUUUAUUGAAUUUAUAUUUAUAUAUAAUAGUGAGAGACAUAUGUUAGAUUUCUUUUUAAAAAAUAAAGAUAUAUCAAAAAUAGAAAUUGACAUGUUUAAAAAUAUUUAUUUUUUAUAUGAAAAAUUAAAAGGUUCUAGAAAUUAUUAUAAUAAAAUGAAUAAUAUAUAUAACCAAGAUAUAAUAACUGAUAUAAAUGAUCCAAAUACUUGUGAUAAUAGUUUAAGACAUUUUCCACUUAAUAUAUAUUUUUUAUGUAGCGAUAUAUUUGAUAAUAAAUAUAGACAUCUUAAUAACACAUAUGAUAUUAUACUUGCUUUGUCUGUCAUUAAAUGGAUACAUUUAAAUAAAGGUGAUGAACAUUUGAUUUUAUUUUUUGAUCGUGUUUAUUUUAUGUUAAAACAAAAUGGAUAUUUCAUAUUAGAAUAUAAUAAAGAGAAGAAAUAUAAAUUAAGAAAAAUUCAAAAGAAAUAUUAUAAAAAAAACAUAUCAUUAAAUUAUAAAAACUUUGAUGAUAUAGCACAAGGAAAGUACAACAAUAGGUGUAAAAUGAUCCUAUUGAAUAAGUUUUUUUUUUUUACUCAUAAAGGGGAUGAAACAAGUAAUAAGAAAAAUAAAUCUGGAAUGUUUAACAGGGAGGUAUGUAUAUAUAGGAAGGUAUAA